AUGACGAAGCAGGAUCUGGACGAUAGGAAAAAGUCAGACGGCUUGGCAAGCCUGAUCGUCCGCUCCGCCCAGCAUCUCACGGUUACGACGAUUGAGCUCACAACCGUCUCUUUUGUCGUCAUUCUCUUUGGCACCGCGUGGUGCUGGAAAGACAAGCCAUCCGACGUCCAGACAACCAUCCCCAUCAAGUCAACCAUCCACAUCGACGAGAUCGUCGCGAGCGUUUCGCCCUUUACCAGACGCGUCUGCACGAAGCCCUGGGACCGCGUUCCCGGUGACAUGUUCCUGCUGAUGGACUUCGACCUUCAGAUCGCCCUCGCCUGGCGUGCAGCAAGCUUAUACAUGAUCAUCUUUGGCAUCUCUGGGUGUCUGUGGAUGGGCAUGUGGGUGUGGGUAAACUUCCCGCGUAUUCGGCAUGCCGAGGGUCCCGAGUUGAGUCUCUUCGCACGAUCACUCGAGGUCAAGUUCCUAGAUCUGCAUCGAGCGCCGUACCGGGACCCCAGCCUACCCCGGUUCGGGCAGGCGAGCGCGAAACGCCCGACUUGGACCCGCAACCUGCUCGACGUGCUCGACGGGAGGGUAUAUCCCGAUCGAGUAUCUUGUUGGGUUGAGUCCCUUCCAUCGGACGCCUACCUCACGGUCGAGUGGCUGUCAUUUCUCCCUCACGGCUAG